UUUGUGGGAAAAGAGGGGUAUGGGAACAUUCAUUAGCUUCAUGCUGGAGGCAGUUGUAUGAGGAUGAAGGGGGUGACUUUCUUUCACUUGCACUUAUAAGUCUACCCAGAAAGGGAAGAUAGAGGAUUGAGAUCAUUUUUUCUGAUAUUACAGGACAAGAUGGCUUUUUUGUCCCAACUGUAUUGAUUAUUAAGGUAUUGGUGAGUUUUACAAAACCAAGAUUAUAGAAAAUGAUCCAAAUGAUUGUCAUUUCUUUAGUGUUGUUUUGCCUGCUUCAAAUUGUCCUUUAAGGGCGUUUGUUAUAAGAGAUUGGAAAAUCCUACUUUGUACUUCAAAAUCAUGCAUUGUCUGCCCUUUGCUGGGGCAACCUUAAGAGUUCACUGAGAGGACAAAUUUUCUAUCUCAUUAAUUGUUUUUUGUUUUGUUUUGUUUUGUUUUAAGCAAACCCUACUGGCCCCUCAAACCCUUGACCUUUAAAGACAGUAUUUUGUGUAAGCUCUAUAAUUUUACCAAAAUAAGCCUUACAUAUGCUCUCCUCUUCUCUCUUUCUCCCUCCCUCCAAUACACACUCAUCUGCUUUAGUCACAGAGCCAAGUUGGGCAUAACUCUGGAGAUAAAAGUUUUGUCAACAUCUGAAAUCAACCUAAAUCGGAUAGGAGACACUUUAAUGGUCACAGUUUGAAUUAAGUACUUAACACUCUCCCCCUUGAAGAAAAAUGGCACUUUGCAGGCUUGCUUCCCUAGUUUUGUUGAAAUCUACGAUAUACCCGGUGUUUUAUUACAGCAGGAAUUCAACUGUGACAGGCAUAGUAGAGUACUUAAUACCCAGGAUGGAGCUCAUGGGAAGAUUACCUAGAUGGAUGGGGGAGGAGGGAAGUCCCUUUGCAUAGCAUCUCCGACUUCAUACCCAGUUGUCCCAGGGGGUCCCAUUCCCCUACAUCUCAGCCUCCUCCCUGUGGGGUGGGGCAGGGUGGAUAUUCCUAUCUUUCCUCUGUCCCCCUGUUCCCCUAAGCUUCCAAACUCUGCUUCUCUCCUCACUGUUGCCUUCCCUCUAGCAGUUCCCGCAUAGAAACAGAUCAAUGACUCUUCAGAAUGAAAGAGAAGAAAAACCCAAAGAAUCAAUGUAGCAAAAAGGCCUGGGGCUUCCCAUCUGAAUGAGUGGGUUCUGUGCAGGCAGUAGGCUUUCCCUGGCACUCCCUUGGUUUCUGCAUCCCUAGACACAGUCUUGUAUAGAAGAACACAGGCUCACCUUUCUCAACUGCUGCUCUGUUGCCCCUUCUCUAUAUUAUACACUGUCCCAAGAAUAAUUCUGCUUUGUGUUUCAAAGAAACACAUGGGCUGGAAACAAUAGGAGGAAGAGACUUGUGUUCUGUUCCCUUGGUGGUAUGAGGGAGGCUGCUGUGGCUGUCUUGAAACCCUCUAGUCUUCAACUUACAGAACUGGCACCUCUUCUGAAGACUCCAAAUUCAUGGGGAAACCCCCUCCCUUUCAAGCCAGCCCCACUUUCUCUGGGAUUGAUUCCUGGAAUUGAAAGAGAUUCCCAGAUUGAAAGACUGUCCAAAGUGAAGGAGACCUGGAGGCCAUUUUGCACAGAUGAGAAAACUGAGGCAGCUGAAUGAUCCUCCCUCCACCGUUCCUUAUGUUAAUGAGUAUGGGGUGGAAUGCAACCUUUAGUCUCACUCUAGAGAGCAGUAAGGGCACAGACAUCUUUCCUCUUAGGAAGGUAUUCUGCCAGGAAUGGAGGUAUGCAUCUAAGCUUACACUUGACCUGGGUGGUCACAGGUGUGUACAUCCAGAGAAGAAGGAUGGGUUCUUGCCUCGUGGGCCAUCAAAGCUGUUGGGGAGAUUUUGUAACCAAACCACCCUAGUCAUGAAGCUCAGACAGGUGGACUGGCCACUGGGCUCAGGAGGAGACAGAUGUCAGGGCGCCUAGGAGAGCAGAGGACUCCCCACUAUCCACAACGGUCAUAAUCCCAGGAUGACUAAUUCUGUCAGGCUUGCCCUGCUAUUUCGAUGGUGGUGGCUUGCCUCGGACCAGGGCAAGGAUGAAUGUGCCCCGGAGGCCUGCAGAGCCAAACAAGGACCCUGGUUGCAGCUGAUAAAGGUGUAGCGUCUGUUCGAGGGAGAUAUUGAAAUUGUAAUCUUUGAGGUCACGUGACUCAUUAAAUAAUUAAUGCAGAUCGUCAGGAAUGGAUCGGAGUCGUCAGGGCCUCACUAGGAAUGAAUCUCUCAGAAGUGAGACUCCAACUUACCAUUUGAUUUUUAAAAACACACACCCUCAGAUUUAUCUCCAAAAGCUUUUAACUCCUUCAGGAAGGCAGGAGACCAGCCCUUCGGCAGGGAGGACGGAGCUGGCGGGCCCUCGCCAGGUCUUGGGGCUUUUUCCGCAGGGUUUCUGCGAGUCCGGGGAGCGCGCCGCGUCCGGGGAAUCGUGAGUUCGGGCUUGGGUUUUCUGCGGUCACAUCCUGGCUUUGGUGAUGAAGUGGGACGGAUGCGCAGACAGUUGGUAAUGUUCUGAUUCACGCUGGGGAAGGCUGCAGAGAUACCACAGGACGGGCGCGCGGCUUUGUUCAAUUUUCCCGGCGUUCAUAAAUCACCCGCACCGGGCGAGCGAGGGAGCAAGCGAGCGCCAAAAACUCGGAGAGCGAGGCCACGGCGGCGGUGGCGGCCAUUGCAGAGUGAGAGACCUGGGCAGCAUCUCUCUGUGACUCAUUAGUCUGAACGAUUUAUGGGGGACAGCAGCCAUGAAUAUUAGACUUGGGGAUAAGGAAACAGCAAAAAUAAUAAUAGCCAUAAUAAUUACAUACUCCUAAGUGUCACGCAGGGGAGUGCUGGAUGGAGGCAUAGCGGAUCUUUAUCGGGUGAAAUUGAGAGGCAAAGUGCGGGAUGGCUGAGUCCACCUUGCUCACGGUCAUGCCAGGAUCCCCAUGACCAGUGGGCACUCCCUUUGGGGACACAGAAAGCAAGUUUGAACAAGAGAAAGGGGGCGCAGCGUGGAUCUUAAGUCUUUUCCUUUGCUUUGUGGGGGCUGCGGGUCGAAUGGUGGCAGAGCGCAGCUGCUGGUGUGCGGCCACUUGUUCAACGUGCUGGGGGGCUCCGAAGCCAGAGGUCAGGAGACUCCUCGGCUAUUUGAUAGCCCCUCUUAGUGCUAUCUACAGAAAUGCAUGAAGGCAGACAGACAGCGGAGGGCUGGUUUGGGGCAGGCUGGGGUAAGAGGUUACCUGGGUCUGAGUGAAGGCGUAGUGGGGGCAGGGAUAGGUCUGUAGACGCAAAGGGCCCGCAGAGUCCCAGCGGAGCGCAGAACUUCUCCAAGCCAGGGUCCGGCGAGUGGACGAUUCUUUGCCCCUUUCCCAGCGUCUCCCACUCCCAGAAAGCUGACUGCUGGCUUGGUGACCAUUUGUUGGUUAGAGGGCAAGAGAGGGUUGCAAACAUUGUGAGGGACGAGAUUUGAGCAGAAUCAAGGCAUCAAAUCGGCCUGUGGCCGCUGCGCAAGGCCAGGCAGGAGCAGGGCCCCUGAGCAGGUAUUGUACCAGCCGGCAUCCCUCCCAGUUUCCAGCAGUCUUAGCUGGCCUGCUCUGAGGGACUAGGUGCUGCGGUAGCCCCGCCAGCCCACUAGGACCUAGAAGGAACGCACCUAGAGUUGAAUAAACCAGAAGACAAAACCUCCCAAGACUGCCUCUGGCCAGUGGACUGAGUUCGGGUCUGAUUUCGCGCCAACAGAAAUGAACACUAUUAGUGAGGUUUCAGGAGAGUCCGUGAUUGAAUGCUCCCAGACAAGGCUUCCUUUUGUUAGGAAAGGAAAAUCAAGCGAGCAUUCACAUUCUCCAAGUUGGGGUGCCUGAGGAGAGAGCUCUCUGAGAGCAGUCCACACCACCAGCAAAGCCACUUCCACCCUCUCAGCUUCCUCUACUUCAUUUUCUUUCCUUCCCCAUUCCACCCCCCGCACCCCCCUCCCCCCAAAAAAAGAAAGAAAAAGGAGAAAGUAUGGGUGUGGAAAUGGAGUAUGUAUUUAUUUUACAAAAAUAAAUCACCAUCUUCGGGCCAUUUGUAGACUGGAACAUUUCGAGCAAUGAGUGCGCCGCAUGGACGAGUGCCCUGGCGACUCCUUGGUGUUCGCGUCACCUCCAGGGCCACCUUGGCGCCCACAGGAGCCGCGCUUCCCACUCCCGGCCUCCAACUCCCUUCCCUCACAGCCGCCAUUCACCUUCUGCUGUUUAUUUGUCUGCAGAGCGCCUGGACACCGGAAAAGGCGAUUCCCUGAGCGCCUGGAGUUGGAGACAAUUUCUGGUUCAGAUUUAAACAUCUUUCUAGGUAAGCGCUGCUCCAAAACUCUUUGCCGCGUGGGACUUUGCACCAGGGCGGUUGGGAGGAGUUGGCCCUCCACGGUUCCUGGCAACCGCGGACUGUUGAAAGAGGUUCUGGUCAAUAUUUAACUUCAGAGCAGUUUGGAAUUGGAUUCCUUUAAGCUUCUUGCCCUGCGAAUGCGGGGCAUCAGGCAGACAAAGAGCCUACCCCAAAGCCAGCGAUGGUCAGGAGAAGCGGUUGCAGAAGGCAAAGAUGGGUUGUGGAGAGUCAGAGGGGGUGUGCUUAUUUCUUCCUGCAAGCCCCAAACCACCACACUGAACUUCAGGGCAAAAGCAAGUAAAGGCCACGGGCACGGGCGCGGCGGCUGCUGCGUGGGCUGCUUUCCUUGUCGACCGAGGCGACUGAGGAGGCUGGGAGGAGUGAAGGGGAGGAAUCACAUCAUGCACAGCCUCCUGCAGCUGCUGUAAGUGAGUCCUCACACUUAGGCACAGCCAGCUGAAGACCCAUUCUCCAGGAACAAAAGAAUAUGGCCUGAGGAUCUCACUAGCCUCAGAGCAUUCUCAGAAAUUCAGAAACUAAGACCAGAAAAGAGAAGAUUUUUAGACGGCUCAUGAAAGGGUACAGUGUUGAAAUUAGUGAGCAAUGUCACCAGGCAGAAGGCAGGAGUAGGGGUGGAAUCAGGGGUGGGAGCAGCUUAUUUGUUUCAGUUAGGUUCUUCCUGAGCACAGUUGGUUCUCUACUGGUUUUCUGCUCAAUUAUUUUGAGAGUUCUGAAGGGGGCUCUUUCUUAUCUUUGAGUUUAUGUCUCUAUAGGAACUUGUGUGGGGAUGGGGGUAGAAUUUGCUGGUGGACACAGAAUUGUCUUGGAAAAGUGGGUGGACAGACCUGCCUGUGGAGAGGUCCCAGAUUGCCUUGCCUUGUUAACUUAAGGCACUCCAGUGAAGGUUGAUUCUUUCUUUUCCUUUUAUUUUCUUUUUUUUGGGGGGUGGGGGGAGGGUCUCUUGCAGAGCAAUUAGAUCAUUUCCUCUGAUAUUUUUCAUAUUUAGAAACCUAUAAUUCCAUGUAUCACUCAGCUGUGUACUGAAGAAAUGCUUAAGUGCAAGUUUGGUCAGGGCACUAGGUUUCUCCAGAUUUUGCAAAACCCAGACCCACCACUCUAUAGCCAAGCACAUCUUUCCUAGUGGGCUCCCACUGAACAAAACCAACUGGACUUGGAGGAGAUGCUUUAACCUUUUGUCAGGUAAUUAUGGUCCUUUUUGGUUUCUCUAGUGGCUGUGGUGUAUGGUGUGUGUGUUCGCAAAUUCCAUACAAUGGCAGGCUGUGAGGAAGUCCGCUGUCUAGGUCAGUUAUUUCUGGGCCUGCCCCUUGCCUUUUGAUAUACUGGCCUGCCGGCCAGAGGAGACUGGGGUGCAUGGGUGUGCAGGAUCCAGCUUGUCCGUGGGUGGGAGGCUGUAAGGAAAGUUAAAAGGAUUUAAAAAAUGUGAAUAGCAUUGCUGUACCCUUGUAUUUGGAAUGUGUGUAAAGAAAUGUAAGUGGAGAUAAGCUUGUAUGUCUUGCAUGGCAUUCAUGGGGAGAUGGCUCCCAGCAUCCUAUUGCUUAGACAGAACUCUUAAACUCAAAACUGCUGGUCAAGGUUCCCCACCUACCCUCCCCCAAAGCUAAAUAUUCUGUUUGGCAACCUAGUUCCUUCAGUGGUUCCAUAUUUCAAAUAAAAGGAUUUAAGUUGACGUAUGACCACGUGAGCACAUAAUACAGCGCAUUAUUGUGGCAUUUGGAGCGGAGACCCAGGCAGGCUUCGCCUGUGAUUACGUUUUCUAGAUUCUCUACAGAGCCAGAGCUUUCCCCCAACCCCCACGAACCCACCUCCUCCUUCUUCUUCCCCUUCUCCGGAGAGCGCUCUCUGAGCCGAUUGCAGUUUUCAGCACUCAUGGAGCGGUUCUGGGCGAGUUAGCCGAUGGAAGUCGAGGCCAUACCAGGAGGAUGGAAUUUAUUUUAAGGUCUGCGCGGGGCGGCCAUUGGCGGCGGAGUGUCACGUGACCGCGGGGGCGUGCCAAUGUGCGCCCUCACGAGUGUCAAACCCCUGUCAGAGUGUGCGAUCAAGAUCGUGAAACAACGCGAUGCAAAAAGCGACCUACUACGACAGCUCGGCGAUCUACGGUGGCUACCCCUACCAGGCAGCCAACGGGUUCGCUUAUAAUGCCAAUCAGCAGCCGUACCCGGCGUCCGUCGCUUUGGGUGCCGACGGCGAGUACCAUCGACCCGCCUGCUCCCUCCAGUCUCCCUCCAGCGCCGGAGGUCACCCCAAGGCACACGAACUGAGUGACGCAUGCCUGCGCAGCCUGAGCGCCCCACCUAGCCAGCCUCCAAGCCUGGGCGAGCCGCCCCUGCACCCGCCGCCGACCCAGGCCGCGCCCCCUGCCCCACAGCCGCCUCAGCCCCCACCUCAGCCCCCUGCACCUACCCCUGCCGCGCCCCCGCCUCCCUCUUCUGUCUCCCCACCUCAGAAUGCCAGCAGCAACCCCACCCCCGCCAACGCGGCCAAGAGCCCCCUGCUCAACUCACCCACAGUGGCCAAACAAAUCUUCCCCUGGAUGAAAGAGUCUCGACAAAACACAAAGCAGAAAACCAGCAGCUCUAGCUCAGGCGAGAGCUGCGCUGGCGACAAGAGCCCGCCGGGGCAGGCUUCGUCCAAGCGCGCGCGCACGGCCUACACGAGUGCGCAGCUGGUGGAGCUGGAAAAAGAAUUCCACUUCAACCGCUACCUGUGCCGGCCGCGCCGGGUGGAGAUGGCCAAUCUGCUGAACCUCACUGAGCGCCAGAUCAAGAUCUGGUUCCAGAAUCGCCGCAUGAAGUACAAAAAGGAUCAGAAGGGCAAGGGCAUGCUAACCUCAUCGGGGGGCCAGUCUCCAAGUCGCAGUCCCGUGCCCCCCGGCGCCGGUGGCUAUCUGAACUCUAUGCAUUCGUUGGUCAACAGCGUCCCGUACGAGCCCCAGUCGCCGCCGCCCUUCUCCAAGCCCCCCCAGGGUACCUACGGGCUGCCCCCCGCCUCCUACCCUGCAUCCCUGCCCAGCUGUGCACCCCCACCACCCCCACAGAAGCGCUAUACGGCGGCAGGGGCGGGCGCAGGGGGCACCCCCGACUAUGACCCGCACGCUCAUGGCCUGCAGGGCAACGGCAGCUAUGGGACCCCACACAUACAGGGAAGCCCCGUCUUCGUGGGGGGCAGCUACGUGGAGCCCAUGAGCAACUCUGGGCCAGCCCUCUUUGGUCUAACUCACCUCCCCCACGCUGCCUCGGGCGCCAUGGACUAUGGGGGCGCCGGGCCGCUGGGCAGCGGCCACCACCACGGGCCCGGGCCUGGGGAGCCACACCCCACCUACACGGACCUUACUGCCCACCAUCCUUCUCAGGGAAGAAUUCAGGAAGCACCCAAGCUCACCCACCUGUGAUGGUGGGCUGGUGCUAUGCGCCAGGAGAGUCUCCCCCCACCCACCUUUUUUCUUUGGUUGCUUUUUUUUUUUUUUUUUUUUUUAGGUUCUUCCUGCCCUUUCCUUCCUUCCUUCCUUUUCUCUCUUCUCCGCCCCCGCACUCCUUUCCCGGUUUCCCCCCUCGUUGGGAAGGCGUUUUUAUAGUUUAUGUGACGUAGCAAUCUUGGUUGCUGGAAUGGCUGUAUCAGUAGCGAUAUUUAUCUCUUCGUGCUCCUCGAUAGGCCACUGGCCCUGCACCCUUUACCUUCUCCACUCUUUGAUCAGAAACAGGGUAUAUGAACAAAUUUUCUAGUCGAGUUUUCAAUGUGAAUUUGUUCGUACAUUAUGGCUCCCGAGGGGAAGCGAUUACUUUUUUUAAUUUUAAUUUUUUUAAUUGCACUUCUUAUAAAGAAUGAGAAAAAAAAAAAUCAAAGGCGCUUUGAAACAGGGGCUCCCUGUGCAAGGAUGACUAAGUGUACGUCUUUCCGUGUGUGUAUGCUGGUGAACAGUCAGAUUUAUUUAUAUUUUUUUGCAAGCAUUGAAUAAUCUAAGUUUUAAAUAUUAUUUAUCCCCAUCCGUUCGUAUUUAUAUUAAAGAAAUUCUGUACCCUGAUGGUUCAGAGGGUUCUUGGGCCUUUUGUUCAAUUGUGUAUUGGCGUACUUAGAAUUUUUUUUUUUAUUUCAAAGGGAAGUAUAAUUCCUUUAAACGGUAAUGAUGCAAUAAAACCAGAGAAGAUCCAGCUUUUGAAAACAGUGAUUUAGGUUUGUAACAUCCGGCAAAACUGAAAAAAAAAAAUCUGUAAACGCGAAAAAUACUAGAUUUGUUUUGAGAAUUCUACAUUCCUUGCUGCUCACAUUCUGAGAAACAAAAAGAAAUAAAGUUUUUAUUCUGAAUAA